AUGAAAGUAACUGAGUUGGAGCAUCCUAGUCACCCUAAUCACAUUUUGAUGCUAAAAUCUUCUGACACACCUUACAAGUGUGAUGGAUGCAAAGAGCUAGGGUUUGGUCCAUGUUUUGAGUGCGAAGACUGCAACUUCCAUCUCCAUGAAGAAUGUGCACUAGCUUCCAAAUCAUCCUACCACCCAUUAUUCAGAAGAUGUGAGUUAAUAUUUCAUGAGGAAACAUAUGGAGGUAGAUAUUGUGAUGCAUGUGGAAAAGAUGUAUUGGGUUUUGUGUACCAAUGCACACAUGAUAAUGCACAUGACCUACAUCCUUGUUGUCUCAAGCUUCAACCCAAAAUCAUCAACGAUGGUUUCGUGCUACAUCUUUCUGAUAAGGUUCCUUCAAAAUGCCUUAAAUGUAAUAGUAGGGAAAUUUCAAGAGGGAUUACAGGUUGGUCCUAUGUUUCCUCUUGUGGAGAAUUUUGCUACCAUGUUGCUUGUGUGAAGGACUUAGUUCUUGAAAAUUGGAGAAAUGGAUAUUUUAAUGGAGACAAUAACAAUGGUAGUGCUCAAACAAGCAACUUGGCAUUGAUGCGAAUUGCUAGUCCAUCCAAUGAGGUAGCACGGAGAAAAGGUCGGCUUGGGAGUAAAGAUAUAAAGUUUUGGAGGAUAGCAAAAAUGGUUCUCAAGCUUAUUAUUUCAGCCAUUUUUGGGGAUCCAACUGGUGGGAUUGCCAUCAUUGUUGAAUCUUUGGUUUCUCAGUACUAG